UUAAACAUGUACUACAGUUGACAACAACAACAACAACAGUCAGCUGACAGCUAGUCACAACAUUUCUACUUUCGUUUUUAUAAAAAUGAGUGUGAUGUAAAGCUCCAUGAGAAGAGCAUUGUACAAUGGCAGCGCUGGCAGUUCAACAACACAACAGUACUGUCUUUGAGACUCUUGAAAGAGGCGAUCUUGUUGAGUUCCACAGGGGAGUGUACUCACACUGGGCUGUUUAUGCUGGUGAAGGGAAAGUGAUUCACCUAGCAGGUGAUGAAAAUGAUGGUUUAAAUGCAAAUGUCAACUCUGGCAGUUUGUUUACAAUCUGUGGUACAAGAUUUCGGAAAGCUUUCGUAAAAGUUGAUGAUUUCUGGAAUGUUGUUUGUGACUCUAAAGUGUACAAGAAUAAUGAUAAAGAUAAAAAAAUGAGUCCAAGUAAAGCAGAGGAGAUCAUUGAAAGAGCAAUGAAUAUGGUUGGAGAAAUAGGAUACAAUGUUCUCUGGAGUAAUUGUGAACAUUUUGCUUCCUACUGUAGAUAUGGAAAAUCAAAGAGUGAUCAGGCUGACAAGUUUCUUACGUGGGCAGCAAUCGGGACCAUCACUGCUGCUAUUCUAGGGCUUGCCCUCGGAAGCAAAUCAAAGGAGAAGAAAGAAAAGGAACAAACUGAAUGAAAAAAGACUGAAAUAAACAUUGGAUUAAGUAAACAGAAAAUGGAUGCUUUCAAGUUAUUUAGGUUUACUGUUUUUUAUAGGCUAUGUUUUUUUAAAAGCCAGGAUAAGUACGAGGGUUGAUCCAAAAGUAAUGUCAUAUGCAUAAAAAAGAGAAAAUUGACUACAGAAACUAUUGAAAGCAUGGUAAUGACAAACGCUGCUAGUCACUGAUGCGAUUGAUGAUAAAAAGCAUUAUUUUUUCACUGAGUAAUACCAAGCGUUAAUAGUACUUCACAAACUUAAAUAUGCAAUGGCAUCACUAAAGUUUUUUUGGCACAUGGCAGAGAGACGUUACUUCACAUCAUUAUAAAAUCAAAUGAAGUUGCGUGUUAUUAUUGAGUUGAUAUAUGAUUGUCUUUGUUUUUUCAUUUUUCUGUUUACUGUAAAAGCAGAAAUUUUCAUGAGGGUUUAAUUUUCGCUAUAUUGGCUAGGCCCAACAUAUUGUGAAAAUUAAUCCUUGCGUAAAUAUUCACCAUUAGUAUAAUUCAAAUUCAUGUAGGAUACCAAUUUUACAAUUUCGCUUAUAUAAAACCUCGCAAACGUAACUCAAAAUUUCAAAUUUGUGAAAUUUUGACCCAGCGAAAAUGUGCGUUUACAGUAGUUAACAAGCAGUAUUUAUGUGAGAGGCAAAAAUGCAAAGUCAGUAUACUUUGAAUUACUAGUCAGUAUACUUUGAAUUACUAUGUUUUUAAAACAAAACAACCCUAGACAAAAAUAUUUACUUAUGUUAUCAGGAUUGAAUAGGCAUACAUCUUGAUAUAAUUUUCAUAAUAUUACACGAAAAAUAAAUGCAUCAAGGACACAGUGACAUUACUUUUUAGAUCAACCCUUCUAGUUGUGGUUUAAGAUGUUUUUAGUUUUUUGUUUGAUCGAAUAUGUAGCAACUUUGACCUUUACAGAACUGGCCAAAAGUUUCAUAAACAGCACUCUACAUUAAUGCUUCUGAAAAAUGACCCAGUUAACAACUUCUGUCUGUACAGUUAAACUUUGAGUCAUUAAACAAAAUAUGUUAUAGAGUGAUAUUGCCGUAAGUUCAAAUGAAGAAUGGUGUCAGAUUACCCGCGUUUGACUUAACAAAAUGUUUGACUGUAUUUGUUGUAUAUUGUUGUAUACUCUAAACUGUCAGUGGUUCAUUUAUAAAAUAAGUCUUGAAAUUACCAGUCAAAAAUUUAAUGUAUUUGUACAGUGUUUUUAUACAAGGACUAAGUACUGAGUUAAUAUUUGCGUCAAAAGAUCAAAAUGUCUUAACUGCCUGAAAAUGCUCUCUUUCUAUCAAGUGGUUGUGUAUUUAAGGGAUAUUUUGUACAUCAUAAAUGGUUGCGAUGAAUGACUGUUGUGUACUCCUACUGAAUGAGAAUUUACAUAUAUUUAUCUUUUACAUGUUUACAUUUUUUGACUGUUGUUCUUGUUGUUGGGAUUGAUAUUUUUUCGUUGUUUUAUUCUGGGGUAAUUUAUAGAAAGUUUGUUUUGUAUUUUUAUUUAUAUAAUAUAGCAUAAAAUGCUUUUUGUGUUUUACAUAUGCAUCAUUUUUAACAUAUCAUUUAUGGUCGGGUUUGAAAUAUUUAUUUGUCACCUAAGCAUUAUGCUUUUUGUCUUUUUACAUAUAUCUUUUUUACACAUAUCAUUUUUGGUUAGGUUUUAAAUGUAUUUUUGUCACUUAAGCAUUAUGCUUUUUGUCUUUUUACAUAUAUCUUUUUUACACAUAUCAUUUUUGGUUAGGUUUGAAAUGUAUUUUUGUCACUUAAGCAUUAUGCUUUUUGUCUUUUUAUAUACAUUUUUUAUACCUAUCAUUUUUGGUUGGGUUUGAAAUGUAUAUAAGCUAACCUAAGGUAAGGUGAGGUAUUUAGAUCACACUUUCAUCCAUCAUUGUCUGUUUAUCAAAUUCCUGUACAUCAUAUUUCUGAAACAGCAGGAAUGGUUUCAUUUUCAUUUCACAGGGUUUUCCCUCUACUUCUAAGAAAUGUACAUGAUCAGACUUUCAAUUGAUACAAAGAAAUUGAUAGAUAAGAACAAAACUGAUCUUGGUGCUUCUAAAUCAAUAUGCCCUUAUACCACUUCCAGUUUAUCCCCACAAAAUGGUUCCUGUGUCCCUUAGAUCACUUCAGUUUGUCCCCACAAAAUGGUUCUUGUGUCCCUUAGACCACUUUCAGUUUGUCCCCGCAAAAUGGUUCUUGUGUCCCUUAGAUCACUUCCAGUUUGUCCCCUCAAAAUGGUUCUUGUGUCCCUUAGAUCACUUCCAGUUUGUCCCCACAAAAUAGUCUCUGUGUCCCUUAGAUCACUUCCAGUUUGUCCCCACAAAAUGGUUCUUGUGUCCCUUAGAUCACUUCCAGUUUGUCCCCUCAAAAUGGUUCUUGUGUCCCUUAGAUCACUUCCAGUUUGUCCCCUCAAAAUGGUUCUUGUGUCCCUUAGAUCACUUCCAGUUUGUCCCUUCAAAAUGGUUUUUGUGUCCCUUAGAUCACUUCAGUUUGUCCCCACAAAAUGGUUCUUGUGUCCCUUAGAUCACUUCAGUUUGUCCCCACAAAAUGGUUCUUGUGUCCCUUAGAUCACUUCAGUUUGUCCCCACAAAAUGGUUCUUGUGUCCCUUAGAUCACUUCAGUUUGUCCCCACAAAAUGGUUCUUGUGUCCCUUAGACCACUUUCAGUUUGUCCCCUCAAAAUGGUUCUUGUGUCCCUUAGAUCACUUCCAGUUUGUCCCCACAAAAUAGUCUCUACGUCCCUUUAAGUUAGAUCAUUUCCAGUUUGUCCUGACAAAAUGGUCUCUGUGUCCUUUAGACCACUACCAGUUUGUCCCCACAAAAUGGUCUCAAGGUAGAGUUUAACGUAACUUUAUCAGUAAAAAUUCUUUAUUCUUAAAAUCUGAUGAUCUCCUUGAAAGCAUAGUUCAUAAUUUGAUACAACAUCACAGAAAUAAUCAGUAGUUUACCCUAAAUAGCUGUGAGUAAAGUGACCUGUAUCAAAGUAUUGCAGCCGGUUGUUGUAUCCUUGCCGCAACACAAUAAAAGUGAUAUCUGCAUAAUUAUGUGUUCUCAAUUUGAAAAGGAAGAUCUUUUAUUUUGAAGAAUGAGUACAAAUUAUCUAAAGUCUGAUUCAAUUUGAAAGCACCUGGAUGAUUCAGUGAAUCAGGGAUAUCAUGUGUUUCUUAGAUUUGUUCUAUUUGUUGACUUUGGUAUAAAAAUUUGUAAUAUGAAUACACUACACUGUCGCUGUGCUACUCGUGAUAUAAUCAUCUGCAAUACAAGCAAUAUUUGGUUAACAUGACAUGCUUACUUUUAUUUAUGGGGCUAAUGGCCUUAUUGGUAAGUGGUAAUGAUCUUAAAAUUUAACACAGUAAUUACUGUAUAUUUGUGAGAGGUAUUGUAUAUUUUAGAGAUUUUUAUCAUUUAUCUUUGUCAGAUAAAGGAAUCUAAAUUUUUUGAGUAAGGGCUAAAUAUUUUGCCAGAAGGAAAAUGGCAGUUACACACAAUUUUAGUUUAGGUCUGAGCACUUUGUGCUGAGGUGACAUCUAGGGAAAUAAUAACAAGGCCAUAUCAGUCGUGGAACUUGCAACAAAACACUUGGGUGAGCGAUAUUCCUUUUUAGCUCGACUAUUCGAAGAAUAAGUAGAGCUAUCCUACUCACCACGGCGUCGGCGUCGGCGUUGGCGUCGGCGUCGGCGUCACACCUUGGUUAAGUUUUUCGUACCAGUCCACAUUUUGACAAAGUCUUUUGAGAUAAAGCUUUGAAACUUUCAACACUUGUUUACCAUCAUCAUGGCCAGUUAUAGACAAGAGCACAUAACUCCAUCAAGGAUUUUGGCUGAAUUAUGGCCCCUUUCGACUUGGAAAUCUUGGUUAAGUUUUUCGUACCAGUUCAUAUUUAGACAAAGUCUUUUGAGAUAAAGCUUUGAAACUUUCAACACUUGUUUACCAGCACCAUGUCCAGUUAUAGGCAAGAGUACAUAACUCCAUCAGGGAUUUUGGCUGAAUUAUGGCCCCUUUCGACUUGGAAAUCUUGGUUAAGUUUUUCGUACCAGUUCAUAUUUAGACAAAGUCUUUUGAGAUAAAGCUUUGAAACUUUCAACACUUGUUUACCAGCACCAUGUCCAGUUAUAGGCAAGAGCACAUAACUCCAUCAAGGAUUUUGGCUGAAUUAUGGCCCUUUUUGACUUAGAAAUCUGGGUUAAUAUUAAGUACCAGUUCAUAUUUUGACAAAGUCUUUUGAGAUAAAGCUUUGAAACUUUCAACACCUGUUUACCAUCACCAUGUCCAGUUAUAGGCAAGAGUACAUAACUCCAUCAAGGAUUUUUGCUGAAUUAUGGCCCCUUUUGACUUAGAAAUCUUGGUUAAGUUUUUCGUACCAGUUCAUAUUUUUUGUAAAGUGUUUGACAUAUGGCUUUGAAACUUUUAUCACUUGUUUAGUAUAAUAGUCUCUAUCUGUAGGAAAGAGAACAUAACUCUAUCAUCUAUUUUGGCUGAAUUAUGGCCCUUUUUGGACUUUGAAAUUGGUUCUGUUUUCAUACAAGUCCAUGUUUUGUCAAAACUAUUUGACAUAUGGCUUUUAGACUUUGAACACUUGUUUAUUAUUAUGAUUUCCAUCUGUAGGCAAGAGUACAUAACUAUUUUGACUGAAUUAUGGCCCUUUUUGGACUUUGAAAUUGGCUCAUAUAUUGCCAUUUAGUGCAAGACUUAUCGAAAUCAAAGUAAUACAGGAACAUUGUUUGUCUAAUCUAUUUAUUUCUUUUGUCUGAAUAUCCGUGGAAAUAUUUUGACCCUGUUCUUCAAUCAAUUCGUCGAAUAGUCGAGCGCGCUGUCAUCAGACAGCUCUUGUUGUUGUUACUUGUUCGUAAUGUUGUGAUAGACAUUCUCCUACAAAUAUCUUGAAUCAAAAAUCUUAAGUUAAAUUUAGAUUAAACCCUUUAGAUCUGUACACUGUGUUGUGAUAUUUAAAUCUGUAUACUUUUGUUGUGAUAGUCUUACCAGGUUUACCUUUUAUUUAGACUUGUGUUAUAAAGUUAAAUAUAUGUAGAGUUAUGAUUUGAUAUUGUUUGUACCUUAUUUAUUACUUACUUGUUGAAAACUAGUUUUGUUGACAGGGGUUGUGCUGUAUUCAUCAGCCUGUUACAUUCAUGUCAGAUAAUCAUUUAACCAUGUGUGGAGGGAUUUUAAAUAACUAGAUAUUAUAUUGAUAAACUUUCCCUACUUUAGAUAAGUAACAGACUAUAUAUUGUUUUGUAGAACUCAGGGCAUCCGCUGGGAAUUUAAAAGUUGGAGCCACCAGUUUAGCCACUUUCAAAAUUUUGGAGCAACUUUUGAGCCAAUCCAUUUUUUAUGCAUAAAGAUGGGAUAUGUAUAUAAAAUAAAAAACAUAACACUUGUUACUCUUACUAUCCAUUUAAGGUCUAUCUUUUGUGUUUUAUAUUUUCUUAUGAGAAAUAUAAAUAACAAGUUUAAGUCUUUUUAUCAGUGAAGGUACAAUAUCAAGUUAGCAUGCUUAUUAAUAACACAAUCUCAUAUUCUUCGUAUUUCAACUUUCAACAGACUCUUUUAAACGGAAAGAUGUGCAUUUAUAGGGAAUUUUCAAGAGCUCUUAAAAAGGGCAAGGUACCUUACUGUUAACAAGAGCUGUCCGUAAGACAGCCAAGCUCGACUAUUCGAAAUAUUGUCCCAGAAGCAGGAAAAUAUUACCCGAAAUGUUAAAUAUCAAAAGAGUUUUAAGUUAUAAAGGGGUCAUAAUUUGACCAAAAUGCAUAUCAGAGUUAUGGGACUUGCUGCUAUCAACUAGUUUUAUAACCCCUAAGACACAUGUGAAGUUUCAAUUCAAUAUCUGCAUUAGUUUUGGAGAUAGUAACAUGCAUGUAAAACUUUAACCAUAAAUUUCUAAGUCCAAAAGUGGGCAAAAUUUACCCAAAAUACAUGUCAGAGUUAUGUGACUUGACCCAGUGAGGUUGGUUAUUGACAUAGAAAAAGAAAAAAUAAGUUUCAAAUCUAUAUGCCUUUUACUAAUAGCUGUAUGUACUUGCACACAAAACUUAACCCGAAUUUUCUAAGUCCAAAAGGGGGCAUAAUUUGGCCAAAAUGAAGGUCAGAGUUAUGGGACUUGCUGCUGUCAACUAGUUUUAUUACCCCGAAGACACAUAUGAAGUUUCAAUUCAAUAUCUGCAUUAGUUUUGGAGAUAGUAACUUGCAUGUAAAACUUUAACCGGAAUUUUCUGAGUCGAAAGGGGGCAUAAUUUGCUCAAAAUACAUGUCAGAGUUAUGGAAUUCAAAGCUAUAUGCCUUUAAAUGAUAGCUGUAUGUACUUGCAUGCAAAAACUUAACCAAGGUAUGAUGCCGACGCCAGGGUGAGUACAAUAGCUAGACUAUUUUUCGAAUAGUCGAGCUAAAAAUGGGACAUGGUGCAUAGUGUGCGUUGCAUACUUUUGUCUACAAUAAUCAAAAGGUAGAUUUCCAUGGUUUUGGGUUAUAAAUGUAUCUUUUGUAAGUCACUGCAUUGUGUAUUAUAGUAUGCAAACACUCUUUAUACAGAACUUAACAUUUUAUGAUAUUUCUAAACUGAACUGUUGUCUUUUGUUACCUAGACUUUGGGUUGUGAUAUUUUCAUACCUUACUUUGUGACGGGAAAUUCAUGUAAUACAAUCCUGAAAGAUAUUAUAUUAGUUUUAUAUUAGUUAUUUAUUAAGAAGAUAUUUAGGCAUUAUCAUGUGAUAUUAUUUUUUUUCAAAUUGUUCAAAGCUUAAGCUUGUCAAAUUUCAUUUAUACAUGACAUUAAUUGUCUUUCAAAUUCUAGAAAUACAUGUACCAUUUUUCAGAAUAUUUUCUGUUUGAAUGUGUGAAUACCUUCUGUAAGUGUUUUAAGUAUAAUUCAAUUUGUUAUUGUUUGAAAUGUUAUCAUUUAUAUCAAAGUUUUGGAAUUUUUAAGUUUGGAAAAACUUGAACGAGUUAAAUGUGAUUCAAAGCUAAUCUUUUAAUUAAACACCUACCAAAUGACAAAUAAUUCUUUUUAAUCUUGUAUCUGAUAUUUAGGAGUGAGAAACCACAGUGGAAUCACACUUUUCAGUUAGUAUAAGUAUUACUUCCGUAAAACAUUUACCAUUUACCAGGACAGUAAUUUCUGCAAGAAAUUUACACAUUUGCAAGAACGUCAGUACAUUAAUUCAGUUUAUGAGAGUAUAGAUCUAUGCUUAAACACAGCUGAAAAAGUAUAACUUAAUGUUUACAUUCUGCACUAAGUUUCAUACAAAUCUGUGGUAUGAUUAACAUGUUACUUACCUUUGUUUAACUGUUAAUAUUAUAUUAAUACAGGGUUACAGCAUUUAGUAUAUAAAUAAAGCUUUGUACAUUUA